AUAUUGGAUUAUCUCACGGUAAACGGGAAAUGAUUCUUCAACCGAGGCGCUAAAGGUGAACUAAAGAUGGCAUUAAAUAGCCCGAGCGGUUACCCACCGCUCUCUCCCAAGCCACUCACACCCAAAAGUCCACGGCAUUUCAUAUUCCCACAAAAGAGCCCCUCGAUAACUUCCAGCACCUCUUCCUCUGGGUAUUACACACCCCAAUCCGGUUGCAGUUACGACAAGCAUGCGCCACCGAAAAGCCCACUCGCGCACGGCCACAGAAGUCCCAUGAGCCCUCGGCAUUUCAAUUUCAACCAACAAAAAUCUCCCUCAGAACGCUCCAGUCCUUGCAACUUCGACCGAGCCCAAGGCCUCCACUACACAACCUCACUAAAACACCAUCGCCGCGAAAAGUCCAGGUCGCCCAAACCUCCACCAGUGCACAUUCACACGAACCCUGGAUAUGUCUCCCCGAACCGAACGAGGAAGCUAUACAGUUCCACUUCCACAGUUAGUUCGCCUCGGCUGGUGACGUCACCAAGUAUUAUAUCGAGCCACACUGAUGAUUCAACAGACGCGAUGCCAGGAACGCCUUCAGCUAUUGUGCACGACGCUGACGAUGAAGCAACUACUACUUCAUCGAGAGCUUGCCGCAAAUCAACAUCAGACUUGACUGAUUUAACUGAUGAUACGCCCCAAACCCGGUCGACCAGUAUAAGCCGACCAUGCUCGCCUAUGAGAAGAGGUUCUAUGAAAGGAGGCUUAGCAUAUUUAGCGAGUAGACGAGGUUCAAGAGAAUCGACUGUGUCAAAUUGUGAUUCAGUCGAAGAUAUCGGCCCUCUGAACUUCCAAAACACUAUGCGCGGUCGACAACGGCGAACAUCCAAUUUCCUGGAGUUACCCGUAGUAGAACACUCAAGACCGCGCGUGUGUUCGCUGCCAGAGAAGCCAUAUAACCCUCGUCUCUCCGACGACCUGUAUCGGUUGCGGACCUUUUCCAUCACGACCAAAGGGGGCGUCGUGAACUGUGGCGACUCCAUUUGCAAUCGACGGAGUCGGUCUAACACGUCUGUCAAUUCUACUAAUAGCAGAGCUUCAGAUCGGUCACCCUUCGACGGUUCUUGCUGUUCUGGCUAUCGGCCCGUCGACUCCGGCAGCCUCACCACACCUGAUGAUGAUGAAAUGGAUCCGAUACCAAAAUAUCGGGUAGUAUUACUGGGCGAUGCUGGUGUUGGAAAAACCGCUCUAGUGUCACAGUUUAUGACGUCAGAAUACAUGAAUACGUACGACGCGAGUUUGGAUGACGAAUUUGGGGAGAAAUCAGUGUCGGUGCUUCUGGAUGGAGAGGAAUCUGAGCUGAUAUUUAUCGACCAUCCGAGCACUGAAAUGUCUGUGGAAAACUGCCUCUCAACAUACGAACCACACGCCUGCGUGGUUGUAUACUCUGUGGUAGCCAAGAGCUCCUUCACCAGGGCGGCAGAACUAUUGUCCUAUUUGGCAAGAGAACAGUUCACGGUGGAGCGAACUGUGGUCCUAGUUGGUAAUAAGGCGGAUCUAGCUAGAGCGAGACAGGUGACUACUCAUGAGGGAAAAGCCUUAGCGACAUCACGGGACUGCAAAUUCAUAGAAACGUCUUCAGGCAUCCAACACAACGUUGAUGAAUUACUUGUGGGAAUCCUCAAGCAGAUAAGACUUAAAGAAAGCAGAGACAAGAAACACGCGAAGAAAGUUGGCAAACAGGAAGCAAAACCGGCAAAAUUAGCAAGCUCAAGAACUCACAUCUCUCUCAGCAUCGCACGGGAAUUGCUACAAAAGAUAUGUAUUAACGAUAUUUCCAAAUCGAAGUCCUGCGAAAAUCUUCAUGUACUUUAAAUAUAUGGAAAAAAUACGAAUUUAAAGCUAAUAUAUCACGAAAUGACUGUUUUAUUUCAUUUAUUUGAAUUUUUUUUCAAUGUUUUAGAACUUAUACUUGUUUAAAUUGUAUAAAAAGCGUAUUGAACCCAUUGAGAUAAUAGUACUACGUAUGGAGGAGACACCACCAACAAAAUCUGUGCGCCAUUUUUUUGCUCUAACUAAGUUUUAAAACUUAUUAUCUAUUUAGGUACUUACCGAUGAAA